GCAAAACCUUCAAUAAAAAUUCUAAAAAUUGAUAUUAUGAAUCAACCUGCAAAUCAAGCAGUUGGAGGUCAGCCUUUGGUACCUCAAAACGUAACUUCAUCCUUCGAUGAUCUUACUGCCAAACAAAAAUAUGAAAUUUUAGCCAAAGGUGCGAAUCCAUUUCCCAGUAAUGCUGGAGCACAAGAAAUAGAAAAUCAGACAUUACCGGAC